AUGAACCAGAACCUUUCCAAAAGGGAAGCUGUUUUGCAAGAUGCCAUGGAGACACUGAAGAAGCAAAACCAGUGCAGAAAAGAGAAGCUGAUGGCAUUCUGGCAGAAGAUCAGGGAGAUCUCCAAGAACACGGAUGGGAGAAAUGCAGCCAUCUGCGAGCAAAACAUACAUCUUUGGAUGAAGACCAUGGAACUCUUUGGGGCCAUCAAGAAGACUUUCCAGGAGGAGCAAGAUCUUUGGAAAGAGGAGCUAGAUGGGUGGAAAGAAGCAGUGGCCCUUUGGAAGGAAGACUUUGAGCAAAUGGAUAACAGGAAGAAAAAGUUGGAGUUGUCUCUAAAUCAGGCCAAUUCUUCUGACAACAGUACCAAUGCUCCUCCCCCUAUUUCUGACCAACAGGAGAGCUGGCAUCAUAUGACCCCUUUUCCUGCCUUGCAGAAGGAGGUGGUACAACGCAAUCUGAAAGAAGAGAAAAAGGCACUGCAAGAAGAAAUUAAGGGAUUGUGGGAGAGGUGCAGGGAACUGCGAGGGGAGAUCAAGGACUUUCAAGAGGACAACAAGAUAAAAGCUUUAUGGGGAGAGAUCCAUGUUUUCAAACAGAAGAACAAGGCUUUUUUAGAUCAGAUCAAGGACUUCUUAGGAGAGAGCUGGGUUUUCAUGGAAGACGUCAAGCUGCUUCAAACCCAAAAGUCAGAUGUUCAGGAGAAGGUGAGAGUCUUUCAAGAGAAGAUAGAGACUUUCCAGGAAAAGAUCAAGGUGGCGGAGGAAGAGAUUGGCUCCUUGGAAGAAAGAAACGAAUCUUUCCGAAAUGCCAUCAAGGCUUUUCAGGUGAAGAACAAAGAGUUCCAGGAAGCAAACAAGAGCAUGCGGGAGAAGAACAAGGCCCUUCAGGAAAAGGUGGAAAAUGUGGAAGAAAAGAAUAAGGCCUUCUGGAAGGAAUGCAAAGCAUUUUGGAAGAAAGACAAAACCUUCUGGGAAGAAGACAUGGCCAUAUCCAGGGACAAAAUGUCUCUCUGGAAUGAAUACAUAGCUCUCCGGGACAAUGACCAAGGUCUCCAGGAAGAAAAAAGCAAAAUGUGGGACAUGGUGGAAGCCCUUUGGGAUGCCAAGUAUUCUAUCUGGAAAAAUCUAAAUGGUUUUCCAGAAGAAGUGCAUCAUGAGUUAGAAAUUGAAGUUGUGGGGAAUGGUGCCGAUGGUGAUCAUGACAAUGUCCCUGAAGAAGAAAAGCAAGUGUGA